AUGGACUUCGACGCUAGGUCUCGCAACCAGCCGAGGACAUACACGCCACCUUCAACGCCAACCAAGAGGAGCCAUUCGAAGUCGAGUUCAGUGUCGUCGUCGAGUAUCAGAGAAGAGCUAGAAAACUUGCGACGAGGCAUGUCGUCGGGGUACUCGGUAGAGGGUAUCGAGAAGCCAGGCAGCCACGAGCCACGCCAAUUCCCUGCGUGGUCAUCCGACUACGAGUUCGAGAUGGACGCUGCCGGCACGCAGAAGGUUAUCGGUACCGGUGCCUGGAGCACCGUCUACCUUGCCAGCCCUGCACCAUCCAUGCCCGAGGAGCUGGUCAUCUCUUCCUCCCUGGCCUCUCCCGAAAUAACACCUCCUCUCACGCCCGUCCGCUCUCGCGGCUCCAGCAUGUCCAAAUUCUACCCACUCAUGCCCUCAGCCUACGCCGUCAAGGUUCCUUAUGAGAAGACUGCCCACCGCGUCCUCACAGAAGAGGGCCGUAUCCUGUCCUACCUCUCGCGCUUCCCCUCAGCAGAGAAAUACCUUGUCCCCUACUACGGCCAAGACAUGCGGACCGACGCUCUCAUCAUGGGCUACAUGCCGUCCACCCUCGACAGCCUCAUCACCGCCGACCUCAACACGCGCGACGAAUCCGACCGCGCCGCUAUGCUUACCGACAUCUUCCCCCACAUCGCGUGCAACCUGCUCGACGGCCUCGCCUGGCUGCAAGACAAAGCCUGCAUCCACGGCGACAUCAAGCCCUCCAACAUCCUCAUCGCGGUCAACCCCUCGACGCGCACCCCACACGCCGUCUUCGCCGACUUCUCCGCCGCCAGCUUGCCCUCGUCGCCCGCAGAGACCGGCAAAAAGCAGGCCAAGCCCAUGGGCGGCGCAACGUGGGACUUCAUGGCGCCCUCACAGCUCACGUCAACUGCAGCCCCGACGCCUGAAGCAGACGUAUGGUCCCUCGCCAUCUCGCUGCUGCUCCUUGUCACGGGGGCUUCGCCGUACGACCGCGUCGCCCCCAACGCCAUCCUCAAGCGUGAGAUCCUCAAGCAGGGCACGCCGCUGGAUUACGUGUCCGCCGGCGAGAACGGCGUGCGCAGCGUGAUUCGGAUGGGCGCGCUGAGUCGGGGGCUUGGGUUCAACGUCAAGAAAUGGAUGGGGAAGGUGCUGGUAAGAGAAGAAGCGGCGCGGAUGGACGUCGGCGAGUGGCGCGAGGAGCUGGGAGAUGCGUUGAUGUAA